AUGUGUCCACUACAACCGAUACAGUGUUCAGACUUGGUACAAAGUGGUAUACACAGGAUUGGGAUUUUCAUAUCAAUAAAAUUAAGAACAAUCAUGACUCGUCGAGCAAAUCACGGCACCAGAAAUAAUCGAGACUUUGGGCCAAGUGGAGUAGACGAAAUCAUAAGGUUAGGAAUUCAAAAAGCAAAGUCAGUAGUUACAAUAAAUGAACCGGUAAAAACAGUACUAAUAAUAUUAGCAAAAAAGACAACAGAAAUGCCAAUAACACCCGAAGCCAUAAUAUUAAUAAUAAAAAUAAAUAACUAUCCUAAUUUUGUUCAUGGGGGUGUUUUCACGGGUUCUUCUUCUGUAUUAGCUAGUGGACAGGCAUCUGGCAUUUCUAGUUACCCAGCUAUUCCUGUAAAAUCGUUUUCGGCGCCUGUAACUCAAAGUAUUGCCAACCCGCUUCUUCCUCCUAUAGAGCGUAUGACAAAAAAAAAACGGCUGAAGAGGGCGACAGCGUUUACGUAUUAUCGCGAUUUAGAGAUCGAGCCGUGUAUGACAAUGAUAAGUUUGAAAGUUUUUAUUCAGAGUGAGGGUCUUCCUACUGAAUAUGCACAUUUAUUUAAAUUACUUAAAAAAUUUCACGAGACUCUAGAUGUAUCAUCUCUUCAAGUUGACAAAGACUUAGAAACAUACAGGAAUCAUAUGAAAAAUUUUUUCGUUCCUCCGACUCGACGUAAUAACUCUAACCUAAUCCAUCUGACUGAUUCUGGUAAUAGUUCAACAAGGUCAUUAAAACAGCUUUCGUUAUAUUACCAGAAUGUGAGGGGCCUUAGGACUAAAACGAACGAAAUCCAUAAAAACUCUUUAUUGCUUGACUUUGAUGUUUACUUAUUGUCUGAAACAUGGUUGCAUAAUUCUAUUGACUCAUUAGAGUUGUUUGAUCACUCUUAUGUGGUCUUUAGGAAAGAUAGACUUCAUACAGUUUCUGACAAUGUAAACAUACCCAAGGGUGGAGGAGUUCUUUUAGCUUUGAAAAAUAUCUUUAACGCGUCUGAAUUUAAUUUAUCUCAAUUCCCAUCUUUGGAAGUAGUUGCAAUUAAAAUUCGUUUUGCCAAAAAGUCCUUGUUUUUUAUUUGUUGUUAUAUUCCUCCUAACUCUUCGUGUGAAACUUAUCACAAUUUAGUGGAGGCUGUUGAUUACAUUUCGUCUCUGGCUAAUGCAGAGGAUGACUUAAUUAUCUGUGGGGAUUUUAAUUUACCUCAUAUUUCUUGGAAAUCGGUCGAUGAGGAAAAUUACAUGACGCCAGCUUAUAUAUCUUCUAAUGCUGAAGCAACACUUAUUGACGGUUUUAAUUCUUAUGAUUUACAACAAAUUUCCAACACUUUUAAUUCUAGUGGUAGAAUGCUUGACCUUAUCUUUACUUCUGAUUGGGUUAAUGCCUUUUACUCUCCUAUUUUCACGCCUUUAACUAAAAUUGACAACUAUCACCCUCCGAUAGGAUUUAGCUAUAACUAUGAUAGUCCUAUAAACUCUCGGCCUAAUAUAUCAUUUGGAUAUAAUUUUGCUAGAGUUGAUUUUGUAGGUCUAAAAAAUUAUUUCUUUACGGUGGAUUUGGAGACAUUACUUUGUAAAGUUCCUAUUGACGAAGCAGUAAAGAAAUUUUAUGAUGUCGUUUUACAUGGUUAUGACAUGUAUGUUCCUAAAACGCGUAAUAAGAGUAUUGAUUCAAGUCCGGUUUGGUUCUCAAUUGAGUUGAAAAAAUUGACAAAUAAAAAGAAUAAGGCGUGGAGAAAAUAUGUUAAGACUCAGAGCUCUGAAUCUUAUUCUACUUUCAUAAAUUUAUUUUAUUCGUUUAAACGUAUGUGUGAAGUGAGCUAUAGUAAUUAUUUGUCAGGCUGCUCUUUGGAAUUAAAGCAAAAUCCCAAAUCUUUCUGGAAGUUUGUUAAUUCUAAAAGGAAAUCUGAUCAAUUUCCAAACUUUAUGACUUAUGAUCUAUCGUCAACUAAGGUUUGUUCUUAUUUGGAAGCUUUAAACAAUGAUUGCUUUCCGGGCCCUGAUAAUAUUCCUGAGAUUGUCUUAAAACAAUGUUCUCGUGUCUUAUCAAAGCCAAUUUCAACUUUAUUUAAUAGAUCUAUUUCUGAAGGUACUUUUCCUAGUUGGUGGAAAACCUCUUUCAUACGACCGGUGCAUAAAAAGGGAGAAAAAAAGAACAUUGAAAAUUAUCGUCCGAUAGCUAAGCUUUCUAGCAUCCCUAAAGUAUUUGAAUUAAUGGUUUAUGACGUAAUCUACAAUUAUUGCUCAGAAUUGGUAGUGCCAAAUCAACAUGGGUUUUUAAAAAUGAAAUCUACAGUUACUAAUCUUGUUGAAUGUAGUUCUAAAUUUUUAAAUACGAUGGAGGCUGGAUCCCAAACGGAUGUAAUUUAUACUGAUCUGAGCAAGGCUUUUGAUUUACUACCACAUAAUGUAGUACUUUUUAAGCUAGAAAAGUAUGGUUUUCCUCCUUUUUUCAUUAAAUGGAUUGGUUCUUAUUUGUGUAGUAGGAAAUAUGGAGUUAUUUUUCGUUCAUGUACCUCCAAUUACUUUGUUGCAAAUUCGGGUGUACCUCAGGGUAGUCAUUUGGGGCCUCUUCUUUUCACUAUUAGUAUUAAUGAUGUAACGCGCGUAAUAAAACACAGUGAUUUAAGUAUUUAUGCUGAUGAUAUGAAAAUUUACAGAAGAAUAGACUCCGCUACUGAUACAUUGCCCGUACAGCGGGACCUGGAUUCUUUGCUAAUUGGUGCAACUUUAACAAUCUUUCCCUUAACGUCUCUAAGUGCUCCGCAGGUUAGUUCUAUUAAAGAUUUGGGGGUUGUAUUUGACGAAAAGUUGACGUUUAGACAGCACUAUAACGCCGUGAUUAGUAAAGCUAAUUCAGUCUUAGGUUUCGUUAAGCGUUAUACAAAGGAGUUUAAUGAUCCCUACGUUAUAAAAACUUUGUUUGUGACUUAUAUUAACUAA